AUGGUGGAGGAACCUAGGCAUGAAGAUGAGGAUGCUGCCUUCGGCAUCGCUCAAGACAAGCUGGACUUAGUCAAGGACAUUUUCGGUGACACAUCUGUGCUCCGGCCCAUUGGAGAGAUAGACGUCCCGGAGGAGGAAACAGCACCUGCUGCUGUCCACGCGGGUCUGGGUGCUGCUGAAGCGGCUCUACAGGUAUCCCUUCCCAAGCAAGAGGCCGAUGCAGACUUGAAGCUGGAGUCUGGCGCAGCCACUCCAGUGCUGCCCCCUCUGCUACCCUUGCUUUCGGACAGCCUCGACCCUGACAUCUUGGAGAAGUCUUACCAGCUCCCUAAGGACCAAAUCUUCACAGCCAGCCAAUUACCCGAACGAUGGCUGCAGUCAUACUGCCAGCGAGACCCGGCAGAGAUCCGGUCCUGGACUGAUGAGGAAUACCAGAACGAGGCGCGGUGGCUCUUCAUCCAAGUCUUCUUGACGAAGGGGAAUACGCGAGUUGAGACGGAAGAUGCCAUCAUCUUGAUACUGACAUGGCUCCACGAGCAGCGGCUAGAGAUGCUCUUCAUUGUAGAGCACUUGUGGUGGAAAGUUGCCAAAGUCCUGAGCAAGCAGGACCUCUGGACCAUACACGAGUUUGACUUAAUGUGGCAGCCGCUGUGGGCCAGAUAUCUGUAUCUGCAGCAGUGGGUCGACAACAUCGAGAGCAGAGAGGGCUCUCAGCAAUUGCCUGACUACAUCAAGAAGAACACGGUGAGAGAG